AUGGUCGCUCGGUCUUCUGGUCCGCUCCAGGGCUGGGAUCUGGAUGAUCCCGAACAAUGCAGAUCACUGGUCGUGGCUCUUGAAUUUGCUAUUAUGGGCGUACCGAAUAGAAAUUCCUCUGUCUUCCGACAAUUAAAUGAUCAUCAAUAUACUAGCUUGGAGAGAUUGGCACAUGAGAUCCAGCGCAGCACUGACGCCAGAGAACUCGUUACGGGGUUUCUUACAUUUGAACAAAACAGAAAUCGGAACAAUGCUCAAUUGGUCAAUGCUGCCUACAUUAUGAACGACAAUCUCAUUGAGUACAAUCGUAGUAUUCAGCAUCAGCCCGGACUUGCAGCAACUUCCGCAGCCCGUCUUCCUGCUCGCCACUCGCUUCCGCCCCGCCCAACGCCAAAGGAAGUAAGUCCUCCCCUGUUUCCUCCCAUUAUUUCUCAUUUUCACAGAAAGACGCUAAUUCCACUUCUAAGAAGGACUAUGAGGAUGAAUCCGACCAGGAUGCAGAUAUCCCAAACACCAAUCUGUAUCGCCCACUUGGUGCCCAGCGGAGUCCACAGGAGACCGCAGUUGGUGGCUUUGUUGUUUCCAAUAUGGCUACAUCACCACAAGAAUCAAUUCCUGCUGCUACCAGAGGUAACCUUGGUGGUCCUGGGGUUAAUCCGCUACGAGAGGGUAGCGGUGCCCAGGACCUUGGUCCUCGCCAUCUUCUCCCCCGUAUUUCUGCAAUUCCUCCCAACGGAAUUUCUUUUGCGCAAACUUCUGUCGUUCCGGGGGCUCAAGUUCUUUCUACUCCGCUCAAUCGUGAGCGUUUUGGUAGACCUGCCCCGCAGAGCGACUCUGGUCGGAUGGGAAAUCGGUCUCGUCCUCGACCAAUUGCUCCGCGCCCGGGUCCUGCUCCCCUUGUUGGUGGUUUACGCGCAAAUCCUCGUCAGGCUAGAAAGAGUGCAGCGGAGGAUGACUACGAAGACGAGGAUGAGUAUGAUGACGAACCCUCUAUGAACGAUCAUGCAUCGAGUCUCUCGAUGAAGGUACUUUUUCCUCUCAUUUUUAUCCUAAAACAAGUUUCUUUUGUUCAAUGACUGACCCACACCUGCAGAAGAAGGCCGGAGACAAGGCCAAGCACAAGCCGCGGAAGAGAAGAGGCGCUGAACCUCUUGACGAAGACCUUGACAAGACGAACGCCGUACUUCAUCAGCCGGAUCCCACCAAACUCAAGCUUCAUUUCCGUACCAGACACACCAACAAGAGAACUGGAGAGGUGACUGAUGACCUUGUAAAAAACAAGUAUCGCCACAAGGUGGAUUGGAACUCCCGCGAAGACAUCAAGAAGCUCAACGCAUGGCGCAGUCAAAUCCUCUCUCGCAACUUCCGUAUCUCAAAGAAGAAGCGUGAGUACUGGCUGGUUUCUGAGCAAGCUAAUGUCAUGAACUUGAUUUAUGAACAACUUCAAUCUCGUCCUACUCUUCGUUGGGCAAAACUCGCCAAUGACUACAACCAUCAAUUUCACGAGACAAUUCAGCCAGCCGGGAGCCGACUUUUGAAUACUGCAAAGCGUGUUCACAAUACAAUUUCACAGGAUCGACAAACUCCAUGGCGAACACGAGCCUCGAUUGAGCAUGCUGCCUGGAAGUGGCCACAGUACCAGACGGUGGUCGCCAAAUCGAAGGCCCGUCAGGGUGCACAAGCUGGAACUGAUGAUGAUGCUAACGCAUCUUCCGAUGGUAAUGAAACCGAUACCUGGAGCGACGAUGAAUCCGAGUUACCAGAUCCGUCCCCAAAGCAGGUUGCUACUCCAAAGAGUGGCCCCAAUACCAAGCCAACUGGCUCCAGCACAAAGCCCACAUCGGGGAAUAAGCGAAAGAAGCCUCCGGGACGUCCCAUGAAGAAGCCCAUUGAUUACAACCAACCCAAGAGCACAUCAACAGUGUCCGAUGAAUCAAGCUCCGAAUACGACACCGAUUGUGAUGAAACCACUGAGGAUGAUGACCCCGUUGAUGACGAGCCUGCACCCAAGCGACAAAAGGCCAGUCCCAAUACACCUGCAAAGGCUGCUCCCAAAGCUGCUUCCAAGGCUACUCCAAAGGCUACUCCCCAAACUACACCCAAGGCGGCUCCCAAAUCUACUCCUAAGGGCAAUCCCAAGGGCAAUCCCAAGGGCGGAAAGAAGGGUGGGAAAGACGAUAACGACGGACCAACCUUCCCAGGUUUGAGCAAAAAGCCAGCUCCAUGA